AUGCUGCAGCUCUUUCCGUCGAAUCCAGCGGCCACGAUGGUCAUUCGCCAGGUGACGCCCGAUAUCGUCACAAUGAGCCUACCGUUCGCGCGGUUUGGACACCUGCAGUUCGGCGGCCGAGGGACACUGGUCAAGCUCUCCACGGGUUCGCUCGCAGUGUUCUCGCCGGUGAGUCUCACGCCCGAAGUGCGCGAGACAGUCGAUUCCCUCGGCGGUAACGUUAAGUACAUCACGGCCCCGGAUCUCGAGCACCACCUGCACAUCACCUCCUGGAAGAAGGCAUACCCGCAGGCCGAGAUCCUUGCGCCCGAGGGCCUCUGGGAGAAACGGCAGUCGAACCCCGAGUUCAAGGAUACCCCGUUCCAGCAUGUAUUCCGGAAUGAUGGGUCCCCGCGGACGAUCUCGGCCGAGUUUGACGCCGACUUCGAUUCCGAGUACGUGCACGGUCACGGGUCGCGCGAGCUAGUGUUUUUGCACAAGCCCUCGCGUUCUGUCAUUGAGGCUGAUCUGCUGUUCAACCUGCCCGCCCAUGAACAGUACUCCAAGACCUCCGAAAAAUCGAAGCCGAAUUUCCUUACGAAAUUAGUGCUCCCGCUGCUGUCGACGGCACCGCCCGCUAUGGGACAUAGACGGUUUGCGUGGUGGAUUUUGUCUCCACGGGACCGUCCCGCCUUCACCGAGUCUGUGAGGCGUAUCGAACAGUGGGACUUUGAUCGGCUGAUCCCGUGCCAUGGCGAUGUGAUCGAGACUGGUGCUAAGGGGGUAUUCCGGGAUGUGAUGGCAUGGUUUUUGCCGGGCGAUAAGAAGAGCGUCUAA